AUGGCGAAGCUGCUGGUGCCGCUGGUGGUGCUGGGGGCGGUGGCGGGGGCCCAGCGCUGCCCCCCCCGCUGCCUGUGCCCGGCGGCCGCCCCCAGCCCCACGCUGCUGUGCGCCCGCACGGGGCUGCUGGCGGUGCCGCCCAGCCUGGACCGCGGGGCGGUGGAGCUGCGCCUGGCCGACAACUUCAUCGGGGCCGUGGGGCGCGCCGACUUCGCCAACAUGAGCAGCCUGGUGCACCUCACGCUGUCCCGCAACGGGCUGCGGCGCCUGGCGCCCGGCGCCUUCGCCGACCUGCGCGCCCUGCGCGCGCUGCACCUGGACGGCAACCGGCUGCCGGCGCUGAGCGGGGCGCAGCUGCGGGGCCUGGCCAGCCUGCGGCACCUCAUCCUGGCCAACAACCAGCUGGCCGCCAUCGAGCCCGCCGCCUUCGCCGCCUUCGCCGCCACCGUGGAGGACCUGGACCUGUCGCACAACAACCUGCCGGCGCUGCCCUGGGAGGCGGUGGCCGGCAUGGCGAGCCUGGCCACGCUGACGCUCGACCACAACCUGCUGGAGCGCGUCCCCGCCGGCGCCCUGGCUCGCUUGCCGCGCUUGGCCCGCCUGGACCUCACCGCCAACCGGCUGCGGGCGCUGCCGCCGGUGCCGGGCCCGCCGGGCCCCAGCUUGGCGGCAGGCGGCAACCCGCUGCACUGCAACUGCGAGCUGCUGUGGCUGCGGCGCUUGGCGCGGCCGGACGGGCUGGAGAGCUGCGCAUCGCCGCCGCCGCUCGCCGGCCGCCUGCUCUGGGCCGUGCCGGAGGAAGAGCUGGCGUGCCGCGCGCCCGCCAUCGCCGGGGCGGCCGCCAGCCCGGCCGCCGUGCUGGAGGGGCAGCCGCUGCGCCUGGGCUGCGCCGCCGCCGGGGACCCGCCGCCGGCGCUGCACUGGCUGGGCCCCGACGGGCGGCUGGUGCAGAACGGCUCGCGGCGGGCGCUGGGGGCCGACGGCUCGCUGCAGCUGCGGGUGGCCACGCUGCGGGACCACGGCGCCUUCACCUGCGUGGCUUCCAACGCCGCCGGCGAGGCGGCCGCCCGCGUGCAGGUGGCUGUGCUGCCGCUGCCCGUGCCCCGCCGGGACGGGGACGGCGACGGCGAGGCUCAGCCCGGGCCCGAGCCCUCGGACAUGGCCCGCGCCGGCGGCAACGAGUCGCGGCCAGCGGGCGAGCGGCGCAUCGUGGCGGCCGAGCUGACGGCCUCCUCGGCGCGCAUCCGCUGGCUGCCGCAGCGCCACGUGCCCGGCAUCCGCAUGUUCCAGAUCCAGUACAACAGCUCCCUCGACGACUCCCUCGUCUACAGGCUGCUGCCGCCCUCCAGCCGGAGCUUCGUGCUGCGGGACCUGGCGGCGGGGCGCGAGUACGACCUCUGCGUCUCGGCGCUCUACGCCGAAGGCACGGCCACGCCGCCCGCCACCCGUGCCCUGGGCUGCGUCCGCUUCGCCACGGCCGGGGGGAGCCCCGGCUGCACCGCCCCCCGGCCCCAUUUCCUGGGGGGCACCGUCAUCAUCGUCAUCGGCGCCGCCAUCGCCGCCUCCGUCCUCGUCUUCAUCCUCAUCCUCACCGCCCGCUACAAGGCCGCCCGCCGCCUGCCCGCAGCCAGCGUCGCCAGCGUCUGCUCCCAGACCAACGGCACCCACAGACCCCCCGAGCCGGAACCGCCACCACCACCGCCGGCCCCCCCGGCACCUCCGGUACUGGCACCCUUGGGUGCUUCCGGGGGUGCCCGGGGGCUUUUUCCCAGCCACAGCUACCCGCGGCGCGCCCGGACUCGGCGGCACGGCUCCCUGCCCCGCCUCGACGCGCCCGACACCCUCCCCACCCUGCGCCCGUCCUUCGGCAGCACCCACUGGAUGCUGGAGAGCACCGUCUAAAGGGGGGGGCGGGGGGAGGGCAGCACCCCAGGGUGCUCGAAUGCAGCCCGGGGUGCUCCCAAGCACCCUUGGGUGCCUGACUGGGUGCUUGAAUGUGCAGGCUGGGGUGCUCCCGAGCACCCUUGGGUGCCUGCUGGGUGCUUGAAUGUGCAACCUGGGGUGCUCCCGAGCACCCUUGGGUGCCAGCACACUGCUCCCCCAAACUAC